GGCGCCGGGCAUGGAACCCCCGCCCGAGGAGCCCGAGCCCGAGGCGGAGCCCCAGUCCCAGUCCCUUCCUGAGGCCUCGACCGCUGCUCUGCUGCGCGCCCCAGAGGUGGCGCGGCUCCGCGAGGAGCAGGAAAAGGUGGUCACUAACUGCCAAGAGAAAAUCCAGCAUUGGGAGAAAGUAGACAGUGACUAUAGCGCUCUUCAAGAGAGACUGGAGAGACUGAGAACCUUGCCUGACAAGCUGUCCUACGACGUCAUGGUACCAUUUGGCCCUCUUGCCUUCAUGCCAGGAAAACUUGUCCACACUAAUGAAGUCACUGUUUUACUUGGGGACAACUGGUUUGCAAAGUGCUUGGCAAAACAGGCUGUAGGUUUAGUUGAGCACCGGAAAGAACAUGUAAGAAAAACAAUAGAUGAUUUUAAAAAAGUGUUGAAAAAUUUUGAAUCCAGAGUUGAAUUCACAGAAGACUUGCAGAAGAUGAGUGAUGCUGCAGGUGAUAUUGUUGACAUAAGAGAAGAAAUUAAAAGUGACUUUGAAUGUAAAGGAAAACAACGAAUUGCUCAUAAACCUCAUUCCAAACCAAAAACUUCAGAUGUUUUUGAAGCAGAUUUUGAAGAUGAUGCAAAACCCAAGGAUUUACUUGCUGAUGAGGAAUUAUGGGCUCGACUUGAAGAGCUGAGACAAGAAGAAUUGCUGGGUGAACUUGAUAGUAAACCUGAUACUGUGAUUACGAAUGGGGAAGACACAGUGUCUUCUGAGGAGGAAAAGGGAGCUAACGGCACAGGCGUGAACACGGCGCCUGCGGUGACUGAUCCCCUCGCCUCUGGCAGCCGUGGUACGCAAGCUAGAAACGCAGGACUCCCUAAUGGUCAAGCCAGUCGCCAUUUGAACUGUUCAGUGAAUGGUUCAAAUUCUUACAGCAACGAAGAAGAUGAAGAA